AUGAUUGAUGGUCAGGUCAACAUGAACCUCGCUACCUACCGCAAGAUUGACUUCAAGCAGGCUUCCAACAACAAGGAGUACAAAUUGAAGCCCGUCGGCCAGACUGCCACCCUGAUCGUCCGCCCUCGUGGCUGGCACCUGAACGAAGAGCACUUCCUGGUUGAUGGCAGACCCAUCUCCGGAUCCCUCUUCGACUUUGGUCUCCACUUCUUCCACAACGCCAAGGAGCUUGUGCGAAUUGGCUACGGCCCUUACUUCUACCUUCCCAAGAUGGAGUCUCAUCUCGAGGCACGCCUAUGGAAUGACGCCUUCAACUUGGCGCAAGACUACAUCUCCAUUCCUCGUGGCACUAUCCGAGGAACGGUCUUGAUCGAGACGAUCACUGCCGUCUUCGAGAUGGACGAGAUCCUCUUUGAGCUGCGUGAUCACUCCUCCGGUCUUAACUGCGGUCGAUGGGACUACAUCUUCUCGUUCAUCAAGCGCCAGCGCUACAACAAGGCAGCUGUUUUGCCUGACCGUGCCAACGUCACCAUGACCGCUCCAUUUAUGAACGCGUAUGUGGACCUGCUCAUCAAGACUUGCCACAAUCGACACGUCGCUGCCAUCGGUGGUAUGGCCGCAACUAUUCCCAUCAAGGAUGACAAGGCUCGUAACGAUGCUGCUAUGGACAAGGUCCGCGCUGACAAGCUUCGCGAGGUCACCAAGGGGCACGAUGGAACUUGGGUCGCACACCCCGCACUGGUCUCUGUCGCGCUCGAGGUCUUCAACAAACACAUGCUGGGUCCCAACCAGUACCAUAUCCGUCGUGAUGAAGUCACUACCACUGCUGUUGAUCUGCUCAACCCUGUCGUCGAAGGAGCUAUCACCCGAGGCGGUGUCCAGCAGAACGUCGAGGCUCUGCUCAUCUACUGCCAGAGCUGGCUCGACGGCUUGGGCUGCAAGGCCGUCAACUACAGCAUGGAAGAUGCUGCUACAGGAGAAGUAUCCCGCUACCUGCUCUGGUCUUGGGUGUAUCACGGCAAGUCCACCAACGAUGGUCAGCUCAUCACCAACCAAUACGUGGACCAAGUCUUGGCUGAGGAGAAGGCUAAGCUCAAGGGCUCCAGGAGCUUGGAUAUUGCUGAGCAGUUCAUCAAGAAUGACCUCAGACAAAAGUCUCCCAGCGAGUUCUUGACCAGCUCUCUUUACCCCUCCCUGCCUCUGUCUGGCGUCGAGUCCAAGCUCUAA